CAUCGCGUCGCGCUUCUCUUCGUCAACGUUUCCUGGCCAGCGCGAGCGCGAGCACGAGCACGAGCGCGAGCACGAGCACGAGCACGAGCACGAGCACGAGCACGAGCGUUCAAACCAAGGCUUAUCGAAGUUCCCGAAAGAUGGCUGCAGGCAAAGCUCGAAUUGGAAAGAUGGCUCCCGAUUUUACAGCCAAAGCUGUGAUGCCAGACGGCCAGUUCAAGGACCUGAAACUGUCCGACUACAAAGGGAAGUAUGUCGUCUUCUUCUUCUAUCCGCUGGACUUCACCUUCGUGUGCCCGACUGAGAUCAUCGCGUUCAGCGACGCGGCGGACGAAUUCAGGAAGAUUGGCUGUGAGGUCAUCGCCGCCUCUGUUGACUCUCACUUCUCCCACCUUGCAUGGACCAACGCCCCACGUAAGCAGGGCGGUUUGGGUGCCAUGAGGAUCCCGCUCGUGUCUGACACACGGCGCACCAUCUCCACAGAUUAUGGCGUUCUGAAGGAGGAUGAAGGCAUUGCCUACAGGGGUCUGUUCAUCAUUGAUGACCAGGGCGUUCUGAGACAGAUCACCAUCAACGAUCUUCCCGUCGGACGUUCUGUGGAGGAGACCUUGCGUCUGGUUCAGGCCUUUCAGUUCACUGACAAGCACGGAGAAGUGUGCCCAGCCGGCUGGAAACCAGGAAGUGACACCAUCAAACCUGACGUCCAGAAGAGCAAAGACUUCUUCUCCAAGCAGUGAUAAGACAGAGGCCGGAAUCUGCUGCCUGCUCGAAGAGAUUUCCUACAGAUAAUGUUUGCAGAAAAGAUUAUUUUUUAUUUUGUUUGUAAAAGUGUUGCUCGGCGACAGUUUUUAGUCAGCCUGUUGGAUCUGCUUGUCUUGUGUAUACUGAAGACCAAAGUAUAUUGUUUUGGGGUUUCGUAGAGCUUAAAUGUCUUUGACGUCAUUCCUUAUCAUAAAACCAAUGUACUGUACUUUACAUUAUGUGGAAAUGAAUCGAGAAGUUGCCUCA